AUGUCAUGGAGUGCGGCCCCAUCCGAUCCAAGCGAGCCUCCCCCCAAGAGACCAAGGAUUGCAACCCUCCUUGGAUUUUGCGGCCCUGCAAGACAGAAGCAUGCUCCGCUGUACUGGCCUCGCGAUCUGCUUCCUGACACCUUGCCGACCGCAAGGAUCAUGACCUACGGCUACGAUACGCGUCUAAGCCAUCCCUUCCAGGGCCGGGGCCCUGCGCCCAAGAGCAGUGUCUACAACAUGGCCUGGAACUUUCUUUUGCAGUUGGAAGCAGAACGCCACGCGGAUCCGUCCAGGCCUCUACUAUUCGUUGCCCACAGUCUUGGUGGUAUCCUGGUAAAGGAGGCCCUACGCCGCUCGGAACGCUGCAAAUCAUCUUUGAGGGACGUUUUUACGUCUACCACUGCGCUCAUGUUCUUUGGAACCCCCCAUGGAGGAGCCGAUCCCCGGGGAGCCCUGCAUAAACUUAUUGAGCGAGCCAUCCGAGGAAUGUGCGUUUCUGUCAAUGAUAGUGUACUUGACACUUUACUAGGCAAAUCCGACAGACUUGAGGAGCUACGAAACGAGUUCAAUCCUAUCGCACAGGAACAGAAUUGGCCAGUUCAUUCUUUCCAGGAGGAACUUGGUGUCAAGCUUUUAUUCAACAGAAAGGUUAGCAUGCUAUGCCCCUUCAUCCUCAUCAACGAUUCGUCUUUAACUGACGCACUCCAACAGGUUGUUAUAGACGCCGCAUCCUGCCUUCACAUUGACUCUGAAACGAAGCAAUACAUCACUCGCAACCAUAUGGACAUGUGCCGCUUCAGUGGGUAUGACGAUGCCGAGUACAAAAAGGUGGUCUAUGCCAUCCAAUGUCUGACAGCCCACUCGUUGGCCAGACGGUCAAAUACGCCGGAAACAGUCUCCCUCGGCCUCGCAGACUCACAAGCCACACUGUCCAACUACCCGGCAAAGCACCAGUUCACGAAAGAGGAAACCAAUGCCUUGAUCGAAAAGCUGAGAUUCCCGCAUAUGGAUUCUCGGCAGAUGGGUGUGAGGCGUGCCCACAUCAAAACUUGCACGUGGUUACUCGAUUCCGCUCAGUAUCGAGACUGGCUGGACGAUAAGAAGCUCGACGAGCAUCGUGGAUUUCUGUGGAUGAAAGGAAAACCAGGAACGGGAAAGUCAACCAUCAUGAAGUUCGCCUAUCACGAGUUCCGCGAAUCUCGCCUUGGCAAUGAAACAGUUAUCCUCUCUUUCUUCUUCCACGCCAGAGGGACCGAACUAGAGAAGUCCACGCAAGGCAUGUAUCGUGCCUUGUUGGUUCAGCUGCUCGAAAGCAUACCCCACCUCGCAUCUGUGUUUGCGCUCGUCGGGUUGAGAUCAUCGCAUAUCCGCAGUGAAAGUUUCUGGACUUUGGAGUUGUUGGAACAACUCUUUGCAAAGGCCGUCGAAUCUCUUGGGACUUUGUCUGUGGUCUGCUUCAUUGAUGCCCUGGACGAAUGCGAAGAAGUUCAGGCGAGGAAGAUGGUGCGAUCACUGGAGCAAAUCGUCGCAACAGCAAACCUCUCCGGGACAAAAUUCCGAGUCUUCCUUUCCAGCAGAUACUAUCCCCAGGUCACGAUGGGGGUUGGCUUGGAGCUUCUAUUGGACAGGCAAGAAGGUCACCACCGAGACAUUGAGGCGUUUGUCGAGAGCGAGCUGCGGAUUGGAAGUGGUGCUCAUGUCGCAAAAAUCAGAAAUGAUCUGGAGAAAAAGUCACAAGGUGUCUUCAUGUGGGUGGUCCUCGUAACCGACAUUCUAAGCGCCGAAUUCGACAGAGGCCGCGCUCCGCGACAGCUUCAACAGAAACUGAUGGACAUGCCGUACGACUUGCACCAGCUUUUCCGCGACAUCCUCAUGCGUGAUUCAGGCAAUCAAGACGACUUCAUACUCUGCAUGCAAUGUUUGCUUUUUGCACGCGAGCCCUUUGACCCAGAACAGCUUUACUCGACAAUGCAGAUGGCCCGCAGUGAUGAUCUCGCUGGGGGGCUUGAGGAAAUUUCCUCUGAGACGAUCGAAAAGUACAUCCGAAACGUCUCAAAAGGCAUGGCAGAAGUGACAAGGUCAGAGAGUCCAACUGUGCAGUUCAUCCACGAAUCAGUCCGCGAUUUCCUAAUCAAAGGAAACGGCCUGAGAGAGCUCUGGCCUGAACUUACGGAAAACUUCGAAGGAGAAGGCCACGACCGGCUGAAACAGUGUUGUUAUCGCGUGCUCAUGUUUGACUUGUUAAAUAGUCCUUUACGCGAGAAAGUCAGGGACAGUGUUGAUGCAGCCAACUCCCUGCGCGACCAAGCCAGAAGACGGUAUUCAUUGCUCGGUUAUGCUGUGCGUAACAUUCUUCAGCACACUGAAGCGGCAGAGUCGGGCAACGUGGAUCAAUCGGUGUUCAUGGAGAGCUUUCCACUGCGUCGCUGGACAUUCUACCACUACGUCUUCGAUGGAGCUCGGGCUAGUCGCUAUUCACCCAAGACAAGUUUGCUUUACGUUCUAGCCGAACUGGGCCUGACUACGCUUAUCACAAAAUACACCAACCCGCAGAAGUGUCUGGUCAUGGAAGGUGGAAAUUACUUAACCCCGCUGUUUGCGGCUCUGGUGGCUGGAUCGAAACACGAAAGUACGGUCAAGGUUUUGUUGGAAGCUCUCCCUACUCACGGUUGUCCGAGUGGUUCCUCGGCAUCAUGGUAUGAGUAUUGGAAGUCGCAAGGCAGGCUUGGCUUCCGGGCAGAAGAGGACAACAGAUCUCCCCCGGCCUUGCUAAUUGCCGCUACGCCCUUGCAGUCCACCGGCAAUGACAUCCUGUUCGAAUACGACCCGCAACUCGGCACAGUCGAUGACUUCGUGGAAGGCGGUUCUCGUGGCUUGGUCCGUGCAGUCCAUAUGGGACGAGCUGAUCUCGUGAGACUGUUGAUCGAGGGAGGGAGCCAUGUCAACAUACGGACUCAAAGCGGUGCAACCCCACUCUGUGUGGCCGCCGCCAUGGGCCAUGCCAACAUUGUUUCAAUUUUGCUUGAGAAUGGAGUUGAUACCAAAGCGACGGACAGCCAGGGCUUAACCCCACUGAUAUCGGCGACUCGAGGCGGUCAUGCUACAGUUGUGUCACUGCUUCUUGACUACAAAUGCGCCAAGGAGUCGUCAACUCAUCGUCCAGCGGCGGAAGGUGGACAUGAUGACGAAGUUACCCUUCUUCUUGACAGGCUACGAAGUCGAUGCAGUUGA